AAACACGAGUUCUUUGUGGACAUGACCUGUGAAGGCUGCUCCAAUGCGGUCACCCGUGUCCUGAACAGGCUGGGAGGUGUCCAGUUUGAUAUUGACCUGCCCAACAAGAAGGUGUGCAUUGACUCGGAGCACAACAUUGACACCCUGUUGGAAACCCUAAAGAAGACUGGAAAGAACGCUUCCUACCUUGGGGAGAAGUCUGCGCAGUAGCCUUGCCUGGUGUGAGGAGGCUAGGAACUCAAACAUGACUUCAACAAAAAGAUGGCUUAACUGUUUGCAUAUCUCCCAACUUGCUCUGUCAUUUCACCUUUACUACCCUGCCAGAUGUCGGAAAGCAGAGGGCUGGCAGGAGGAGACAGCUGCGUCUUGGGCUUUAAAAGUGGAGAAACUAGAGGAGGAGGUUAUAUGCUGUUUCUAGUCCCACAGUAAAUCGAGGUGCUGCUUCUAUC